AUGAGCGUUUCACAGGCUGUUUACAGCUAUAUAAAGGCUGUUGAGAGUUAUAAUGAUCUGGAAAGAAAAGAUUCUCUUCGAAAUCUGGAAAUAAGCCAGGUCGUGGCGGAAUAUGCCUACCAACAAAAGAUCGAGGAUCAGGUGUCGAAUAUCAUAAACCGCAUCUUCUUUCAGGCAGAAGAAGAGAAAAACCAGUUUAAUUCAGUGAUCUCUGACAUGGAAAGAAAUCUCAACAGAGUCACGUCUGAAUUGGAAGGUACUAAGAAACAAGCACAAACCAAUAACCAGUCUCUUUCGGAGAAGAAGAAACUCGAGAAGCAAAUCAGUGACCUACAGAUCCAACUUGACCGAGAAAAAUCAAAUGCUCUGAGAAUUGACAGUGACAAGUCCAAUCUGUUAUCCAGCGAAAAGACCCUAAAACUUGAAAUUAACGAGCUCAAAUCUCAGGUUAAUAGACAGAAGGCUGCCACCGAGAAAGAAAUCCGUGAAAAGGAGAAACUCAAAUCUCAGUAUGCCAAUCAGAAAUCGGUACUUGAAUCCAAACUGGAAUCUUUAAAAUCUAAACUAGCAAAAGCUUCAACCAGUUCCAGACUCCCCUCCAGUGGUUCCAACACAUUAUCUGGCUCAUCAUUCGCGCUCAGUCCCACAAAAUAUGACAACUCGGCAAGCUUGUUGAGCCCCUCUGCACCACCUUCCUUUUCUCCUGCAAGACCACGAGAACUUUAUACAUCCAAAACAGCAUCUUCUCUUCUUAAAAGCUCUACCCUGUCAGCAGCAUCUAAAAAAAUCAGCAGAGCCAAUGGAAUCAGUAAACCUUCCGUCCAUGUUGCCAACUCAUUUUCCCUGCCUACUCCAUCGAUACCCGGAAGCCUAUCAGUAAAAUCCGAUUCUGAUGCAAAUAAUACAGCAAAAAUCCCAGUCGAACCAGCCAAACAGCCGGUUGCUGAACCUGCUAACUUAUCCGGUUCACCUCUGUUCUCACCUGUUCCUGCUUCUCAUGUUCCAACAACAACUGAAGUUUCCGAACCAUCACCAAUCACUUCCAACACAGAUAAAGCUAGUCCUGCUCCCCAAAGCACAGCUCCUGUUAAACGAAAGCCCCGACCCAGUCUCCAAGGCGAAACCUCGUUCACAGCAACCACCAAAAAGGGCAACAAGAAAAUUUCUUUAUUCGACGACAGCGAGGACGAAGACGCAGACUCCAAACUGGCUGAUGCCACCUCAGCUCAACCCGAGGCUGGCAAAGCAAAACGCAAGCGAAAACUCAAAGCCAACGUCAACAUCUUUGAUGAAGACGAUCCGGACAACCCAGGCUCGCAGUUCAAACGCGUCAACUCCAACACUACACCAUCCAUUUUCGGCAAAGAAAUCAGCCCUCUGAAAUCGCGAAACGACGGUAUUCGAAAGAUCUUCCGUAUUUAA